AUGGAUCGCGAGGGUCCAGCUACGUCCGUCUGCCGCGCUGAUGGGGCAGAUCCGCGCCUCCUCGGCCAGCGAACUGUGGACGGCAAGCAGCAGAUGCUGCAGGUAAAGCGCUUGGAGGAGCUUGCAGCUGAAGGACGCAAGGCCAAGAAGAACCAGGUUCGAGUGGAAGUGGAUGGAGUUGAUCGAGUGGGUGGAGUGGGCAUAGGCUGGGCAAAGGUGAUUCGCGAGGCGAAGGUGCGUGCCUCCAAGAGCAGGGGUAGUGACGUGGUGGCUACCCUGCACGAGGGCGCCCAAGUGCUUGUCGAGGAGGUCUCUUCCAAAGCUGCACGCAUCCACACGCCGUUUGCAGGGUGGAUCGCGCUUACCAAGGCCUCCGGGCCGGUCCUCGAGCAAGACAGUUGCAACCGCCGAGGGCCCGGUGAGAAAUCAGCCACCCAGUGGGUCGUGGAUCACACCCUGGCCCGCCUCCGUGCAGUCACAGAUGUGCCCACAGUUGAAGAUGUGCCCAUGCCCUCCGAAAUGCUUGAACAUCCCCUAGAGUGCCCAGAGUUGGCAACCGACCCAAGCCCAAAGCGGCCAUUCACCCAGCUCCCCUCUGUGGCCACGUGGCUGGUGGCAACGCCGCCCAUCAGUGCAGGCGCAGCAGACGCAGCAUUUCCAAACCCUGCGGCCGCAGCCGAUCCCUCGUUUGCCCACCUGCCUUCCGUGGGCACAUGGCUGGCAAGCGCCUCUGUGACACAACGCUUGGUGCCCCUCCUGGACCAGGCUGCAUUUGCCCAGCCGCACUCGGUGGCCCCAACCGAGCCUCCACUGGCCCAGCCCGUGCGCCCAAUCUGUGCGUUCACCCAGCUGCCCUCCGUGGCUACAUGGCUUGCGACAAAGCCAGCUCCAGGUGCAGCUGACGUACCGGCCUUCGCAGAGCCCACACAGGAUCCUUCUCCAGAGUCUACGUCCUUGGGGGACUGGUGGAUUGCUUUCUGCAACUCUCUGCAGCAAACGCUGUGCUGUGGCCGUGGAAAGUGGUCGAAUCAGCAUGAAGUCGGAUGGAGUGCAACAUGCACCCAUUGA